GCUGUGCCCAUCACCCCUUCUCACUCGUCUCUCGCUCCACCCGCGACAACCGACAUCAAACACAUAAAGCUCCUCCCAAGAUCCUACUCUGCCGUCUUCGUCUCACUUCCAUGACGUUUUAGAUCUUGUGCUCGCUUUUUCCACAUACAGUCGCAUCCUAGUGUAUCGCAGACACUCCUCUUCUCUCUCUACAACUAUCGUUAUCGCUUCCCACGCUGUCGUCCACGCGAUCCCUCCUCGCUACUUCAGAGCCCUCGGUAAACACAACAACAAUGGAAACUCCAAGGCAAAAUGGUCUUGACAAUGGAAAGGCCCCGACUCCCCCGGUCGGCUUCCGUCCUCAGAAUGGUGGUCUUAUUAAUGUGCAGCCACCUCGACGAGAGGAUCUGCAACCUUCCUAUGCCCAAACAUUGCAGGGCGACAAUGAUGAGACCCAACACGGCUGGUACGGAUCAAUGAUCAACUCUCUCGGCGCAUGCGUUGGUUUCCUCGGAGCCAUCCCUUGCUGUGUCAUCUGCCCCAACCCUUAUAAGCCUGUUUCCCAAGGAAAUGUCGGUUUGGUCACCAAAUUCGGUCGCUUUGCUCGCGCUGUCGAUCCCGGUUUGGUCAAGAUCAACCCUCUGUCCGAGAAACUCAUCCAAGUCGAUGUCAAGAUUCAAAUUGUCGAGGUGCCACGACAGGUUUGCAUGACCAAGGACAAUGUCACUCUCAACCUGACAUCAGUUAUCUACUAUCACAUCACAUCUCCCCACAAAGCCGCUUUCGGUAUCUCCAACAUCCGACAGGCACUCGUCGAGCGCACACAGACAACAUUGCGACAUGUCGUCGGUGCUCGCGUUCUCCAGGACGUUAUUGAACGCCGCGAGGAGAUUGCCCAGUCCAUCGGUGAAAUCAUCGAGGAUGUCGCUUCAGGAUGGGGUGUCCAAGUCGAGUCUAUGCUCAUCAAAGAUAUAAUAUUCAGCAAUGAUCUGCAAGACUCGCUCUCCAUGGCCGCUCAAUCCAAGAGAAUCGGUGAAUCCAAGGUCAUUGCUGCUCGUGCUGAGGUCGAAUCCGCCAAACUCAUGAGACAAGCUGCCGAUAUCUUGAGCUCUGCUCCUGCCAUGCAGAUCAGAUAUCUCGAAGCUAUGCAAGCCAUGGCCAAGACUGCCAAUUCCAAGGUCAUCUUCUUGCCUGCUGCCAACCAGACCAUUCCUCAAGAAGCUUUGUCGCACAUUCAACAGCAACCCACUGGCGAAGGUCCCAGCGGAUACAAUUCGAAGCAAAACACUGGCAACGCUUUUGACCUCAGCCCCAACGAUGGCUUUCAACAGGCCAUGAACGCCAGGGUGAUUGAGAACAUCUAAAUCACGACACUCGGGUCAUGACAAUUGAGCCAUGAUGUCUGGCUCUGAGAGGUGACCUCGGUACAAUGUGGACCUUCACAUUGAUAAAUGACUGUUGAAAUGGUGGAUUCCCUGUUAGGUUUCUCUCCCUACCAGGGGAGACGGGGAAAAUUGUUUUUGAGAUACCCAUUGAGUAUCAAAGCACUCGCUUUGUUUUUUGUAUCAGUAACGCCAGCUGACCGCCACUGCACGCCUUUUAUACAUCUGAGGUAGUUGCAAGCAUUAAUGCUUUAUUGUUAUAUUGGAUUUUGUGUAUUGUAGAACCAGAUAUGCUGUGAUCGUGCGAUGUGACUGACGUCUCCGUCAUAUACACACAUAUUAUACCCUUCAACCCCAAUCA